CGCUCAAGUUUAGUUGCUUCUAGCAUCUUAAUUGUUCGAUAUGGCUCGCACUAAGCAAACCGCUCGUAAGUCGACUGGAGGUAAGGCGCCGCGCAAACAAUUGGCCACUAAGGCAGCUCGUAAGAGUGCCCCAGCCACCGGCGGUGUUAAGAAGCCUCAUCGCUACCGUCCAGGAACCGUUGCUCUUCGUGAAAUCCGGCGUUAUCAAAAGAGCACCGAGCUUUUGAUACGCAAGUUGCCCUUCCAACGUUUGGUUCGUGAGAUUGCUCAGGACUUCAAAACAGACUUGCGAUUCCAAAGCUCUGCUGUUAUGGCUCUUCAGGAGGCUAGCGAAGCUUAUCUCGUCGGACUGUUUGAAGACACCAACUUGUGCGCUAUUCAUGCUAAGCGCGUAACCAUCAUGCCCAAAGAUAUUCAGCUCGCUCGUCGUAUUCGCGGUGAACGCGCUUGAUUUUCUUCAUUUGACAAAUCAUUACAACCGGCCCUUUUCAGGGCCACAAAUAUUUCUCGCCAAAUAUCGUUUCAUACUGUCACGAGGUAAUGCAGAUUAUCAUUCCCCAUCUAUCAACCUAAUUUUCUAUCACAGAAAAUAUCGAUACCACAAUAUCGUCCCAUAACCUCCUUCACCACAUGGUUUGCCCCUGGUCGAUUUCAACGUGACAUGUGCACGUAUCUUCGAAUAUGAGAGUCCUGAUUGAAAACGGUAAGAGAGCUUAAUAUGCUCCAUUCUAUACGUAUUUUGAUCAAAAUCACUUCGAUACAUUUUCACUUCAUGCCGCUAUUAAGAGGCAGCAUGAAUUCAACGAAUUUACUAUUGCAAUAUUGUAGAAUCUGUACCACUUCUGUAUUUCUACAUCAAAUCAACAUCUGAAACGUUUUAUUCGGAAUUGUGUAUACAUAUGGAAUGUGGCUGUUGAGUCCUUUUAAGGUACAUGGACUUUGAUAGAUGGAGAUACAUACGGCAACGUCGAAAUCGACCAGGGUAGCCCCUAUAAUAUAUUUUAUAUCAUUGAGUCAACGUGCUGCAACACGCAAAACCCCAAAUACCAAACCUUGCAUUUUUUUCUCACGGAAAAUCGGAGCAAUCAUCAAACAGCCAGAUAUACAUAGAAUACUUUACCUUUCGUUUUGACUUUUGUGUACUUCAGCUUUAUACAUUUUGAAAUCCUACGAAAUACACUUUCAUGUGUUUGUAAAUUCGAUGUGUGACCUUUUUAUUUUCUGAUUUUUCUACAUUUUUAACUCCACCCGAAUUCAUCGGUUCUACACCGUUGAAGAUCACGGUGUUCAAUGUUGAUCGCAUGAUAAUAAUGCACAAACGCU